AUGGGGCGCCGUCCGAGCGUGGGCGACAGCUCCUCCGUGAACCACGAUGAAAGGGCUAGUGUCAUCCUCGGCGAUCUCAAUGCGAUAGCCGCGCUGCAGUUUACGACUCUGGCCAAGCGACUUCGCUCCAAUGUCCUCGACGCCAACGGUACGUUCAAGGCCCGCUGGAACGUGCUCGUCUUCGUCGCGCUGCUCGUCUUGCUUGUUUUGCUGCCGCUCGACGCGAGCUUUGACCUUGUCGCAACCGAUGGCGCAUGCUUCGCGCUGCAAUGCGCGAUCGAUGUGCUCUUGCUGCUAGAUGUUGUCGUGACGUUUCGCACGUCUCGGGUCGACCCGACGUCGAAUGCGUGGCUGCUCGAUCCAACGGACGUCGCUUGGGGCUAUCUGGCGAGCCCCGAUUUUGUCGUCGAUGCGCUCUCGUCGGUACCCACCUCGUUGACGAUCAACCACGCCACGGGGCAUCUCUUUCAAGCCAUUCGCCUCGUGUUUCUACUUCGCCUCUAUUGGCUCUCGCAAGCCGAUGUCUUUGGGCGCGUUGAAGUGCGACUCUCGCUCCUGAUCCACCCCGCGGCCGUGCGCUUGGUCAAACUCGCGCUCUUCUACAUUGUACUCCACCACUAUAUUGCGAGUGCCUACUACCUCGUCGUCGCAUAUGAAUACCCCGUGCGCUCCAAUGUUAAACUGUGGCCGAUUCCGUUCACGCUCGAGGAUCCGAUCUGGGACCGGUACGUCGCGUCGUACCACAGAGCCCUCUUGGUCACGGGGCUGGAACCCAUGCUCGCCACAACCAACGUCGAGUGGGUCUUUACCUUUGGCGGCUACGCGAUCGGGACGAUUGUCAACGCUUGUGUCUUUGGCAUUGUGGCAGGGCUGCUCCAGCAGUUGUACCGAGCCUCCGACGCGCGCCAGCAUCACGCCGACUGCGUUGCGUCCAUCAUGCGCCAGAAGGAUGUCGACGACGACCUCCAAAAAGCCAUUCAAAACUACUACGAUUCGUCGUCCCACAACGACCGACUGUUCCAUUUGGACGCAUCCACGUUAAUGACACCGGCGCUGCCGAGUAAAAUCGAGCUGCAGCUUCGCCACCAUCUCCACCGCGAUGUGCUUUCCAGAGUCGCGUUUCUGAAGACACUGAGGCCGGAAGAAACACUCGCCUUGCUCUUGACGAUGACAGAGGCGGUCAUCCUACCCGGCGAGCUGAUUUUACAAGCCGGCGAAAAGGCCAACGCAUUGUACAUCAUUGAAACCGGCAUUGUUCGUGUCUGCGAUCCCCGCGGACGCUUGCUCACGACGCUGGGGCCUGGCGAGUACUUUGGCGAAGUGAGCUUGAUGACCAACGAGCCAACAACCGCCAGUGUUGUUGCCCAGACGUAUUGCAAGCUCAAUGUGUUGCUCAAGGUUCAUUUCGAUGUCUUUACACAAGCCAACGAUGAGUUGCGGAAUCAUUUGCACGCGGUUCGGGCCAACCGGCUCGCGACAUCCGCGAACGAAGUCCUCAAGACAUGGGCGUGUAUUCGGGGUCCACCGGCGACGCUCGCCCAUAGCCUGGCCAAAAGGUUGAUCCAGCGCCACCGCAAAAUGAUGCCGCGUCUCCCAGUGCGCCGCGGGGCGUUGAAAAGACUCUCGCUUCUGCGCAGCCUUCGUCGCGUGUCGAACAACAGCGAACACAAUGUUACGCCCGCACCGCGUUCGUCCCACAAACUGCAUGUGCAUGUACAAUCGUUCUCGUACUUUCAAGCACGCCGACUCGCGAGGCUCAAACGCAUCAGCUAUAGCGUCCUCGGUGACGAGGACGACCACCUCUACGCGUAA